UAUUUCUAGUUCAUUGAGAAUUGUUACUAAAUGUACUGUGAUCCCCCAUACCUGUGCAGUUCAAAGGUGAACAGCUCGCGCUUUGUUUGUACACCUCACGGUUAUUGACCUCUAAGCCUUAGGACAGAACUUACUAGGGCAUGGUUAAACAUUGAAACGAUGUGCGUGAACUGAAGGAGGGGAACACGCUGCAUGGGGGAGGCUCUGCUGCCGCUUGACAUGCCGUGGUGUCCGUGCCCACAGGAGCUGCUCAAGGCCGACCUCCAUCGUCCAACCUGACGGCAUGGCGGAAGGGGAUGACUACCUCUCCGGUGUCCUCCACCUGCUGGGCCAGUGGAUCGGACGAGACUCCUUGGAUGAUUACCUCAGCUACUUAGAUUACCUGCUGUGGGUUUUCACCCCUUUGGCCAUUGUCUUUAUUCUGCCCCUCUUCAUCCUGCUCUUCCUCUAUCUUUCCAUCUUGUUCCUCCAUGUGUACAAGCGCAAGAACGAGCUCAGGGAGGCGUAUUCCAAUAACGUGUGGGAUGGCGCACGGAAAACGCUGGCCACCCUGUGGGAUGGACAUGGUACUAUAUGGCACGGUUAUGAAAUCCAUGGCUUAGAGAAAAUUCCAGAGAAAGGACCGGCAUUGAUAGUUUAUUAUCAUGGAGCUAUCCCCAUUGACUAUUAUUACUUCUUAGCUAAUGUAAUUAUUCACAAAGGAAGGACAUGCCAUUCUGUUGCUGACCACUUCCUGUUUAAAAUUCCAGGGUUCAAGCUGUUACUGGAAGUUUUCAGUGUGAUGCAUGGGCCACAAGGCGAGUGUGUUCGUGCACUGCGGGAGGGCCAUCUCCUGGGCCUUUCUCCAGGUGGACUGCGGGAGGCGCUCUUUAGUGAUGAAACUUACCCGCUGCUCUGGGGAAAGCGUCGUGGCUUUGCUCAGGUGGCCAUUGACGCUGAGGCGCCCAUUAUUCCAAUGUUUACACAAAACAUCAGAGAGAGCUUCCGAUACCUAGGAACUUGGAAGCUGUCCCGAUGGGUGUACGAGCGAUUUCGCCUGCCGUUAGUGCUUCUCUACGGAGGUUUUCCUGUGAAGUUCCGAACUUACCUGGGAGAUCCAAUUCCGUAUGAUCCCAACCUGUCGGCAGCUGAAUUGGCAGAGAAGGUACAGCAGGCUGUGCGUUCCCUCAUUGAUCAACACCAGCCCAUACCUGGAAACAUUCUUCGCGCCUUGCUGGAGCGGUUUUACAGAAGACCGAAAAAGGAAUAGGGUCUUCUAAUCCGUCUCUUCUUUUUUAUGUAAACAAUUUCUAACAUUUUCCCAAAGUAGUAAGUAUUAGGCCUGACUGCCAAGUCUUAUUUCCCCUUAUGGUCUCAGGAGCUCAGUUGAAGAACCAUGAAAACUCAGUGAGAACUCUAAAUGUGUGUUACUGUUAGAUGUUACAUGAUCUGUACAGUGUGUAAUUUCACAACAGUGUGCCUUACCAGCCUGUAGAGUGCCUUCUCACCUGGCACACAACCACUUGUUUAGCUGUGUGUCUUUAAAGGGAUUUUAUGUUUGUCCUUAAAUGUGUUCUGCAAGAGUUUGUAAAAAAAAAUAUGCAAGAAAAAGUGCUCACGCUCCAGGGCUUAGUGUGGGGUGAGACCCGAAAUGAGCGUAAGGAUUGGGCCUCUAUUCUGCACUGUAGAUUUUGCUGUUUCAAUCAACACUGCUUGGGGUGGCUGAGGACAGCGCCAGUAGCUCUGUGGUUCACUCCCUUCCUGAGCUGCACACAUAUAAUGGGUUAACAAAUGGGCAGCAGCUGGUAUCCCUGUUGAAGAACUGGAGUGGUGGCCAAGAGCCUGAAGGUUCAAAUCCCUCUGUGAGCUUUAGUGAACUGAUGGUGAACAAGUAAUAAUACUAUUAUAAAUAUGUAGGAUUUCCCCUAAUAUAUAGUGGUGCAUGCACAUAUUUAUGAUCCUUAAUCUUGACUGCCACAAUAUACCACAACUGGAGGAAAUAUUUCAUAGCAAGAAUGUUUCCAAGUGAACAAAACCUUCCACAUUUGAUAGUCCUGUCUGUCACUGGAAUUUUUAAUACACAAGGCAUGUUUCAGAGGCACAAAGAGCACAUCUUUAUUGAACUGAUGUGCCAUUUCACGUCUCUCCCUGGCAGUUUGUGUGUGCCCAGAGGGAUUUGAACCAAAUUAGGAAACAUGCCGGCAAACAGAAGGUUUUUAUUUGUUCGGAGUGCAGGUCCAUGUGUGCUCUCAUACUGUCACAGUGCACUGCGAGGCCUGUCCUUUAAGGUCAGUUUAACAGCCUUAACCAUGAUGAUUGACAUACAGUUUAAAAAAAAAGAAAAAAAGUGUUAAAGAACGGUGAGAAGGACCUCCCUGGUAAAUUAUUCCAUCUGAUGAAUAUUUUGUCUUGUGAGAUGAACCUGUAGUUAAUAUCUUCUGUGUCUUUGUGCAUGGAGAACUAAGACAUCCUCUACUACCGUAAUUAAUCAAAGGGAAAGAAAUGAAGUCAUCUUAUUUCUCAGACUGCCUUUUCCAUCACCCAGAAACUGUGGUUGUGUUUCCCUGUUAAUGUUACCGGAGAGGGUUUGCGAUCAGAGUUUAUAUGAACCAAGCAAAUAAAUGGACUUCG